AUGGAUUCUUUUAUGGAUUUCUAUUUUGAAGAAGUGUUUGCCCAUAUUGAGCGAGAUGGUCUGAAUGAGAGAUAUAAGAGAAGAGAAUUAGUCGAGUAUUUCCAUUCAGUUAUCGCAGGAUGUGCCAAAGGUCAAAACCAGUCAGAUAACGAGACUUGUAAAGCUUUCGUGUCAUCUGCGGUACGUUUCCACAAUCGUUGUAAAUCAGCUAAUGGCGAUGUUUGUCUUAUGGGAAAGUAUCAUAAUCUUCUAUACAUUGCUAUGAAGCUGGCUUUUGAUUGGAGUCUUCAAGACAAUGGAAUGGUCGGCGCAUUAUUGGAUGAAUUGUACGCUUGUGAAGGAACAUUUGAAAGAAUAUUUCUCGGUGCAAUUUUCGGGACAUCAGCUCCAUAUUUUCUAGCUGGUUGGAAAUCUGAUUUCUCGGAUAAAGAAGAAAAUAUUCAUGCUCUCGUCUUUUUUCUUGACCACGCGACAAAUGCAAGCUUAGAAUUUAAUGAUGGUUCAAAGAAAUAUCGCUUUAUCGAUGUGCCUUUAGAAAGUUGUGGAAAGGCUUCCCCAGUUAGAGUUGUGAUACAAAUGGGAGCAUCAGAAAUUUUGAUGAUACUAUUAAGGUUUGGGGCCCAGUUUACAUCAGAUCAUGUUUCUUCAAACCCGGUCGAAUGUAUUCUUGACAGACUAAAGGAGUAUAAUAGGAAAUAUCCUUAUGAACUGGUAGCAUGUCUUAAACUCGCGUUAAGAGCAGUUCCAAGCCUCAGUCUAACAGUCGACAAACCAGCUUUAAAACAUUUAAACUUACCAGACGAUUAUAAUUAUCAAAGGAAAAUUGCCCUUGAAAGAUACGGUGAAAUACUUGAAGAUCAUUUAUUACCUAGUUCACGAUGUGGUUUGAAACCAGUGGAGUUGAAACAUCUUUGUAGAUGCCAAAUAAGACAAAUGUUGUGGCAAAAUUUUGAGCUUCCAUUCGGUAUUCAAAAACUUCCUCUACCCAUUUCACUUAAGAAAUAUCUAGAUUUGUUCGACGAUUAA